AUGGACAAGUCCCUCCUGCGAGGACUCCCCAUCCUGCUCUGCUGUUUUGGAGGUCUGCUCUCACUUCUGUCUCCCUCCUCUCUGGCCCAAACUGUAGAAAUUAUUCAGUGUAGGAUGUGCCACCUCCAGUUUCCAGGAGAGAAGUGUUCCAGAGGCAGAGGAGUGUGCACUGCAGCACCAGAAGAGGCUUGCACAACUGGGAGGAUUUUCAGAAACGAUGGUACCCCCUGGUUAACCUUCAGGGGCUGCCUAGAGAACUGUGCUAAUGUGGACAAUAUAAAAUGGAGCAUCUACCUGGUAAACUUCAGGUGCUGCAGGAGCCAUGACUUGUGCAAUGAAAACCUCUAGAAACUGCUGGUCCUUCUUCGGCACCAAUCUCUGGGUGAUGUUGUUGGCACCAGCUCUUCACGAUGAUUUCCUUAAAAACCACACUUCAGAUUGCAAACACGUGGCUCUGCCUUCUGCACGUGUAAGAAGCAGCCCUCUCUUUUUCUAGAUUCUCUGCGUUGGCCCCUGAGCGGGUGAAACACCUCGAGUGCAAGAUCAGCAUGUCCUGCAGGUUGUUGCAAAGCCUAGUGCUUUCACUGGGUACCCAGGUUGCUUCGGGAAAGGAAGAAGAGUAUGGGCCACUUAUUUUCUCUGCUCCUUGGCUUCCUUCCGUAGCAGAAUAUUUUCAUUUUUUUUUCUCUCUGUACUGUUCUUCUAAUCUCACUCCAACUAAAGCAUGUAGCCCUGGUCUCAUGAGGAGGGAUGGGGUAAUGUGAAAAAAGAUGACUUGAGUCUUGUUAAAUUUUGUUCAUGAAUGCUAUUCCCAGAGUGAGGAGAAGGGCAGCACGUAGAAAGAAGUGUGUACCAGGCCCAUGAAGGGAGAGGGAUUUUUCUGCCUUGUAGAAUGAGACUCUCUUUAGGGUUGGGGGUUAGAGAAGAAGAGGAAAAGGCAUCUCUGGAAUUCCAGAGACAGUGCUUGCACUCUACUUCCCUGGGAAACUCACAGGAAGUCGUCAACCCUUAAACAGGCAAAAGCUGUAGGAUGUUUCCAAGGGGAUGAGACCAGAGCAGCCAGAUAAAUAUUCCCAUACCUGAAGCACUGCAUGGAGGAAGCUGAGCUCUGUGGGGUCUGAGGGAGUCACGUGGGUCUGGCCACUAGACAUCUCGAUAGCAGCCUCUGUGGAGAGUUGUCCCCAUGACCAGAUGCCUUUCCCCACCCCUCCAUC